AGCUUUCAUAUCGAGGUACGGCCUGCUAUAGAUAGGCGACCGUUGCUAUACGGCGGUCUGAAAUAGAACAAUUUAAUAGAGUCAUAUAAAGCAGAAAGUUUCGGAAUCAUGGAUAGACCGGAAUUGUACAUAAAAGCUAAUAGAUCACAGCGGAACGACGCUAGUAAUAUUACCGCCGAGUUCAGGGAGGAACUUAAACAAAUGUCUGGACGUUGCCUGGAUAUUGGAUCUGGACCUGGAGACGUAGUGGUGGAUUUCAUAUUGCCAAGGAUCAACCCGAAUGCUACCAUUGUCUGUUCAGACAUUUCUGAGGCCAUGGUGAAGUAUGGAACGGAUAAGUACGGGGGAAUCGACCGGAUGACUUACAUCAAACUGGACAUCGAGACUCCGAAUUUACCGAGCAAUCUAGUCCAACAAUUUAAUCAUAUCACCUCGUUUUACUGUUUACAUUGGUGCCAGAAUAUGCGGAAAGUUUUUGAAAACAUUUUCAACUUGCUUCGACCCGGCGGAACUUGUUUUUUACUGUUUGUGGCCAAUGAUGCUAGCAUGAAUGCUUACAAAACCUUGGCAGCCAUGCCGAGUUACAAGCCAUACAUGACGGACGCAGACAAUUACAUCCCGUUUUACCAGCACCCUGACCGGCAAGACAAAACUCCGAAGAUAUUACUACAAGAAAUUGGGUUUGAAGUCUGCCAUUGCAGCCGCAGACAGAAAAGUGUCGUUUUCGAUAAACCGGAGGCAUUCAGCGAUUUCGUGCUCUCUGGGAAUCCGUUCGUAGAACGAAUGCCGAUGCAUCUAAGAGGUCAUUACAAGAAAGAUUUGGUCAAGGAAGUUGCGAAACAUCAAAUUAUAUUCAGCCAGGAUCCGAAUAACAGAGAUCUCUACAGUGUAUUAUAUAUAUAUUAUUUAUUCGUAGUUUACAUGAAAAAGCCUUUUUAAGAACGACAUUAUCACCAUAAAGUAAAAUAUAAAAUUACCGUGAAGAAAGCUUAUAAUGAAACAAGAAUCAAUUAUCUGAAACACAGAAAAAUACAAUUUGUAAAGUAUAAUCGUACAUACCUAUAACUGUGAAAUAAAAGUGUGUCUAUUUCAAGGAAAUAUUAAUUUACGUAGUUUUGAGCAGGUUAUCUUGAUUACUAUAAAAAUAAGGUACUAUUUGUAACAAUUAAUCAUUUUCAAAGUAUCAACGCAGUAAACAUUUUUUCUCCUAAGAUCUUCUUGUUUUCCAAUGGAACCAAGAAGAAUGACUUCGUACAAAGAACCGUAGCUGAAGCAGAAUAAAAUACACUUUACGAAA